AGCACUUCCGGGUCAUCCUCAGAUUGAGUGUGUUGUUGAAGCUCGAGCUCGCUGUUUUCUCGGUCUUCUCUUUUCUCUGUAAAUGUCGCAAUGAUGUAGAUAACGAGAAUAUAUUAGAGACUCUCCAUGACAUGCUCUACCGGCAUCCGUCCCCGCGGGAUUCGGCGUGAAGACUGAGGCGUGAACGUCUGAAAGAAGAGGAGGAUGUGGCAGAGUGUUGGUUUGACCGUGCUGGUGAUCGUGGCCACGCUGAUAUGUGUCCUCCUCUUCAUGCUCUUUGGGUGGUACGUGGUGUGGCAGCUCUUCCUGUCUAAGUUUAAGUUCCUGCGGGAGUUGGUGGGAGACACCGGUUCCCCGCAGGCUGAAACCGAGCCCUCUGAGUCCGAGAGUGAACGCAGCUCGCCCCCGACGCCCCGCCACCGACCCAAAACCGCUCGCCAAAGGAUUGUCCCUCCCGACAGCACUACAUAGAGCACUGAACCAGAUCUCCUCCAGUUCACCGUCAUAACCGUUAUGCUAUUUCAGGCUGGAAGGGAGGUCAUUUCUUGUGUAAUGGACCUGCAUCAGUCACUGUGCUCUCCUCCGUCAUGCCUACACUCGUUCACGCCCGGUCUGAAGUUGCGUUUUUUUGUACGAACCAGCUCAGCCACACGUUCAUGUCCCGACUAACACGCUGCUACCCUCGGCACCCGCUGCGUGAAUGCGUAAUAUAUUUACGUGAAAGCGUAUCGACAUGUAUGUGUUACUGUUUAACCAAUCUCUCAAUGACUCAAGCUCACAAAAAACAAGCUGAUGACCAAACGUCCAGCAUUUCUGUGAGCUAACAGCACUACUGUUCACACUGACACCACACUGGUUCUGACAUUUAUGGAAGCCAGUUUCUGCUACAGAAUAAAACAAAACAAAAGGCAAUUGUGCCUUUAUCUCACAAUUCUGAUGGAAAAACAGAAUUGAGAGAUACAAAUACAACGCGGUUCAGAGUUUACAUCUCUCAAUUUUGACUGGAUUCUCUGAAUUCUGAGUUUACAUCUUGCUUGUUUUUUGUUUCCAUCAGAAUUGUGAGAUUAAAAGUUACAGUUAUCCUUUUUAAUUUUGUUUCUAUGGCAGAAACAAGGAAUACUUGUAAAAAAGGUAAUUACAACUUUUUGUCUCACAAUUAUGACUUUUUUUCCUCCCACUGUUAUGUUUAUUUCUCGCAGUUUCUUCUUGAAAUUCUAAGUUAAUAUCUUGAAAUUCUGAGUUUACAUCUCAUAAUUCUGGCUUUUUUCUAUGAAUUCUGUUUCCACCAUGGAAUAGAAAAUAAAGAAGUUUAAAUACAAUGUUUUUGCUUCCGAAUUCUGACUUUUUUCCCGUGCAGUUGUGAGUUUAUAUCUCACAAUUCUAACUUUUUUUCUUAGAAUUUUGAGGUUAUUGUUUAUAUUCUGCAAUUAUGUUUAUAAAUCUCACAAUUUCAACUUUGUUUUCAUAGAAUUCUGAGUUUAUCUUACAAUUCUGAGUUAAUAUUCUGCUAUUCUAAGUUUAUAUCUCUCAAUUCUGGAUUUUUUCUUAGAAGUUUGAGUUUAUCUCAAAAUUUUAAGGUUUAUAUUCUGCAAUUCUUAUUUUAUAUCUCACAAUUUCAACUUUUUUUUCUCACAAUUCUGGCUUUUCUUCUUAGAAUUUUAAAUUUCACAGUUCUGAGUUCAUAGUCUGAAAUUCUGAGAUACAUCUCAUAAUUCUGACUUUUUUCCUCUGAAUUCUGUUUCAACCACAGAAUAGAAAAUGAAAUGAAAUACAUCUUUUUUGCAGUUUACAUCUCACAAUUCUACAUUUUUUCUCUUAGAAUUUUGAGUUUAUCUCACAAUUCUGUGUUUAUAUUCUGUAAUUCUGAGUUUACAUGUCAGAAUUCUGACUUUUUCUUUGAAUUCUGCACAGAUUCGAAAAUAAAGUUAAAUACAGUUUUUUUUUGUCUCAGAAUUCUGACUUUUUGCUUGUAAUUGUGAGUUUAUAUCUCACAAUUCUGACUUUUUUCUUAAAAUUAUGAGUUUAUCUCAGUUCUGAGUUUAUAUUCUGCAAUUCUUAGUUUAUAUCUAACACUUUCAACUUUUUUCUCAGAGAUUAAAUCUCGUAACUCUAAGUUUGUUUGUCAAAAUUGCAAUUACCUUUUAUAUUUUCUAUUCCAUGGCAGAAACAAAAAAUAGAAUUCCAAAUUCACAGUUGUGUGAAAACUCAAAAUUAUGAGUUUUUUUUUUCAGAAUUUCAAGUUUAGCCUAUAUCUCACAAUUCAGUUUUUUUUUAAUAAAGAUUUUUUUUUUUUCGGAGGAAAAAAAAAUUGCAACGCUAAAAAGAAUGGUGAGUUAAAAAGUCAAAAUUAUGAGGUUUUCCUCAGAUUUGCAAAUUUAUCCUAUAUAUAUUAUAUAUAUAUAUAUAUAUAUAUAUUAAGAAAGGUCUAUUUAGUUUAUUUUCUGAGGGAAAAUAAAAAAAUAAAAAAGACAUAAUUGUGAGAUAAAAAGUCAACUGAAACUUCCAUACACAUUUAUCCAACAAGUGCAAUGAAAGCUGCUUUAUUUGUCACAAAAUAAACAUUUUGACAGGACUGCACACAAUAACUGCAUAUUAGGAUAAUGUAAAAUUUUCUUUGUUCCCAGCACAGCACAGUGCUUUAUGAUGGCCGCCAUCGGUCGCCUCCGCUCCGCAUCCUUGUGCCUCUGGCUUGGGUUGAAGUCGUCCUGUUUGAGCGGAUGGAUCUCAGAUACGCCUGCUAUUUGCAGCUUUAUAAAAGCAUUAGAGCUAGAAAUGCUGCACUGACCUCAGGUCAGCCUGACCCUGCCUGUGUGUGAAACUGUCCACAGGUUAACUUCUGAAGAAAUGCCGUUAUCACCAAUGUAGACGGUCACAUUAUUUGUUACAUGUUCUUAUUUUUUGGUCCCUUUUAUGACAGUAGAUGUUUUCCCUUCAUAAUAAAUAUAUUUCAUAAAACA